AUGGCGAAGUUGAAAUUGAAAGUUGUUCUUGUUCCUAUACAAUUUUCCGAUAUCCCGUCGUCAAAUUUAGAAUCUAGCCAAAGUAGAAGGUUUUUACACUUGGCGGAUGCAGACUCGGAUUUGGGUAAGGUAUGUGAUGAGCUUACAAAAAGAUAUGCCAAAAUUUACCCAGAUGAUGACAAGCUUGCUAUAUUGAGUCUUCAGGACGAUGAUAGAUGUGAUCUAGAUCCAGAUUUUCAAGCAGGUGAUGUAUUAGCUUCCGGAGAUAUUAUUAGAGUAAUUGUGGAAAAUGAACUUCAAAAUUUGAGCAAUCACAGUUUCAACCAGCUGCAGAAUAUCACCGUUGAAAAUACGCCAGCAGUAAUGAGGUUGGUCGAUUUGAAUAAACAGACUCAAAGUACUCCUCUUUAUCCCCCUGCUCCUGUACUCGCCCAGGAUUCUACGUUUCAAUCAAACAGUCGGAAACGAGCGAAGGAGUAUUUUGAUCUGACAGACACCAAAAUCCCUACAAAGCAUGCAAGGAGGACAGUUUGGUCCUCGAGAAAUGAGUCGUUUAUUGAGACUAAUGUUCCAGCUAUUCCUCUAACUCCACAAUUGCAUGUUUCGAAAAAGCGUCAAAAUACAUCAUCACCCUCUAAGACACAGAAUCUGGAUAUAGAAGAUAUUAAUGAAACUAAUAUCUCAUUGCCCCCACCAGAGAUUGGAAAUGAUCGUUCAAUUCCAAAGAAAAAAAGCUCCUCUACGAAACCAAAAGAAGAAGCCUUGCCAGGUAAGAAACGUAUAACCUCUGGUAUGCUAAGCAUGCCUGCCCAUGCACAAUUGGAGAAAGAAGAAAUUCAACACCAAAAAUCAAAAUUAUUAAAACCUAACGAGGUAAACCUUUCAUUAUCUACGGAAUUGGACUCUGAAUUAGAGUCACAAUCAUAUUCAGAUUUGGGCUCUGAUGGUAUGGGCUCUGAACCUAAAGAUAAAAGCGUCAAAGCGGGAGUAGAUGAUAUAUCCAAGGAUGAAGAGGUAGAAGAUAGACCACUAGCUUCAUUAUAUAAAGAAAGUAUAGAAUCUCCUGAUAUUCGUGAAGAAACCCUUACAAAGACUGAAAUCAUGAAUCUUUUCAAGAAUGGUAUGAAAAUUCCUGCAAGAUUGCAAAAUAAAUCACAAAAUGAGUCAGCAAGAUCAAGAAACUUGUCCGCUCUAAUGAAAAACCUUGAAAUUGAUAUGGUUGACAAGAAUCCUGUUUUAUCAUUUGAAGAAAGGCGGGCCACAAGGGCAGCUGUAAAUAGGAAGACGAGAACAUCUUUAAAGAGGUCUUCCAAGAGUAAAGCUGUUGAUACAAACGAAAAGGAUUCUAGUUCGAUAGAUUCUAUUUCUGGUAUGAAAAAAGGCGCCCAAUCUAAUUCCUCUCAUACUAAAAGUAAUGAGUCGAUAAGUUCUGAUUCCAAAAGUUUUGAAAAGAAGGAUUCUGAAUCAAAGUCUUCUAAUCCUGAAGAUUCCAAUUCUAAGAAAUCUAAUUCUACAAGCCCUAAUUCCAAAAACUCAGACCCUAGACAUGCGAUCAAAUAUAUAUCCAAUCCCUCAGAAUUAUUAAACUCCUUGAAGUCAAUAGCGGGCCUUAAAAACGAAACGUCAACUAAGAACAAGAAUGGAGCUUUUUCUCCCCAUAAUAAUAAAAGCAUUGGUAUACUCAAGGAUACUCAGACGAAAGAAGAAACGAAAAAUAUCAACAUCAAAAAAGCUGAAGCGAAUGACAGCAAACAAGUCAAGAAAACAAUAUCAGAAUCUGGAAAUGCCGAUAAAGAAAUACAGAAGAAGGCGAAAGAAUCUGCCAACAUUAGCGCUUAUAAUGGCAAAAAGGUCAAAGAUGAAGUAAAGGUCAAGGAAAUAAAGCCCCAAAGUUCACCUGAAGGGUUUCAACCUAGUUUCACUGACCUUACAGGAACAUCAAAAUUAGGAGCACUUUUUGAAAAAAUGAAACAAUUCGAUGAAAAAUUGAAUGUUUUAAAUAAAAAAGGAAGAUACAAUACGAAACAGAUUUCUCAACGUGAUAUUGAUAAUAUUGAACCUAACAGUCAGCCUAAAGACAGAAUAGUAGAGCCUCAGAUUAAUACCACCAAGCCGAUAUAUUCUCCUAAAGCUGACACAAGUAUUAAUAUUACUAAAGUACAUGUCACUCCAUCAAAAAAACAACAAACUCAGGAUAGUACUCAAGCAGCUAAAUUACAUACACCAGAUGGUAGUAAAAAUGCUCAAUAUAAGAAAAAUAGUGGUAUUUUGACAGAAACUAGACAAAAUCAACAAAUCGGCAAUCUAGGCGUUGAUGCUAAUUUAAACUCGUACCCAAUCAGCUAUAACAAUAUAACUUCCAACUCACACAUGACAAAAAAUCUUAGCGACAAUUCUCUUUCUAAUGAUUUAAAGAUCCCGAUGAGCAAAGCUAUAAAUAAGGAUAUUUCCAGCCUGCUGAAAAAUUCAAUUAAUGAGAGUAACGUAGUGAGUAAUACAACGAGUGCAACUAAUGAUAAAACUGCUUCGUCUGAGAAUAAUUCAAUUAAUAAGAGCAAUGAUAUAAAUAUUACUACUAAUGCAAAUAAUUCAAUGAAUAAGCUUGACAAUAAACAUGGUUCUAUUACUGGGGAUUAUUCUACAAAUAAGGCUAAUGAUGAAAGCAUUCCUGCAACUGCAAAUAUUUCAACAAGCAAAUCUAAUGAUAAAACUGUCCCUAAUAAUGUGCAUAUUUCAUCUAAUAAAAUAAAUGAUAAAUAUACUCCUAAUAAUAUGGAUAGCAUCAUGGGCAAAACUACUGACAAGAGUGCUUCUAAUAAAAUCAUUAAUAUAGAACAAAAGAUUGAUCAUAAUGCUAUUAAGGCUAAUACUACGAAUGAUAAUAACUCUAAUUCAACGGGUAAUGGUAAUAUUCCUCCUAACGAUGUCGCUCAUAAUAAGAAUAAUAUAAUCAAUAAAGUUAAUUACAGUAAUGUGAAACUCGAAAAUAAGAAUAAUGUUGGAAAAACAGAUAAACUUCUCAGCAAUAAUUCUGGUAAAAUGUCUAAUUUGAAUGUCACUAAUAAAUCAUUGAAGAAUAAAACUUUUACAGCCGGAGACAAUAAGAUGGUUAAUAAAAAUGUAACAAUCGAGCAUCUCAAAAGUCAUACCCCUAAACAAGGUAAAACUACAGUCCCGAGUAAUACUAUUCGAAAUGUCAAUUAUAAUGAAAAUGGUGAAUAUAAAGAUGUAAACCCUAAUACAGCUAAUGGAUCUAAGGGGACUAAAGGGUUAAGCUCUUCGCAUUUGCAACAUUCUAUACCAUAUGAUCAUUACAACCAGAAUCCAGUUCAAAACAUUUUUACGGAACUGCAUGGUCCAGCUAAACCUACAGAUAAUAAGACCAACUCUGAAUCCAAUAUUAGAGCUCAUCCACCUUUUUCAAACAGUGUUAAUGAUAGAAAUAUUAUUAUGUUUUCUGCUAAAAAUGGCUAUACUAAUCCUAAACUUUUUUCCAAUCCAAAAGUUCUUUCCAAUCCGGAAAAUUUUCAAUCUUCAAAUUUGCAGCGCCUUGAAGCUGCUAUUCAAGAAUCUAAUAACUCCAAAGUUGAAAGGCCAAAAACAAAUUCGAAUAACUCUAUUGGAUCAGACCGAAAUCCACCUUCAAUUGCGAAGAAUGGUAGUAAUCUGUUAAGUAAGGUCGAUAAAAUUGCAGAUUCAGAAUUUAAGGAUAAUUCUAAGGGAUUAGAACCUACCUCUAAAUUGCCUAAUACUACCGAUACAAAACCUUUAUCUCCAGUAAAGCUAAAAUCUCCAAAUACACCAACCAAACUGGCAAAGAUCCAUGGUAUUACUCUUACCAAUUCAAGUUUAGCACUGAAUGUUGCAGGUAUGGCUAAAUUGGCAGAACAAAGAAAUAAGCCAGAUUAUGCGAAUGUGCCUCCAAUUCUUAAAUAUCCAAAUGAACACGAGAGAAUUAAACUACGCGCUGAAAGUAUCAAAAGUAGUCCGUUCAUUCUGGAUAUACUGCCAUUACAUGGUGGUGAAGCUUUCGGUAAAAAAGAUUCUAAGAAAGGGGCCGAGAAUUUGACUAACCAAAGGAAAUUGGACCUGAACAAAAGAAAGCACAAUGAGUCAUAUCCUAAUAUAUCAUCGUCUUCUUCUGAUGAAAGUUCUAGCUCAGAUUCUGAUAAUAAUGACUCAGACGUUGAAAAUAAGAGACCACGUCUUGCAGCUGCUGUUCCAUCAUCUACGAUGUCGCGUUCGACUGCAUUACACCAAAGUCGACCAAUAUUUUCUCCAGCCUCUAAAGAGAAGGAAAGUCAUCAAAUACAUAAAGAUGAUUUUUCGGUUACAAACAAUACACAUGAAUCACCUCAAAAGACUGCAGAAAUCCCAAAUAACUUUCAGGAUAAAGCUAAUAUUAAGAAACCUAUAUUAACUUCCUUAAGCGACUUAGCGAUGCGUGGGGUUCCUGAUGUUGAAUCUACGUCUACAAUAGACCCUGAGACAAAGGGGAAGAAAAGCAAUGACGAAACCACAGAUGAUGAAAGUACAGAUGAAGUAGAAUCGUCUUCUUCAUCUGCUACAGAUAGUGAUGAUUCAGAUAGUGACCAAGACACUUCAGGAAAGUUUAUAAACAUUAAGAAAUUAAAUAAAGGUAAGCCUAAGAGGAAUAAAGGAGGAUUUUCUGCUCUUAUGAAGGAUGCCAGAAGAUUCUGA